CCUGCACCGGCGACGCCCACCGCUGGCCGACCAGCCCCUCCGCUCACGGGCCGCUCUGGCCGCGCUCGGCCGUCUCGUUGCUCCCGGUCUGACGUCAUCCCCCGGCGCCGCGGCUCGGGGGUGGGCACGCGCAGCCGAGAAGAUGUCUCCGACGCCGGCGCUUUUCAGUUUGCCCGAGGCGCGGACGCGGUUUACGGUGAGCCGGGGCUCCGGGGGCCGUGGUUCUCGCCGGGCGCUUCUCUUUCCCUUUCUCUCCCUGGGAGCUUCCCCGAGGCCGAAGGUUCCCCGCUGCGUUCUCUCCUGCCCCUUCCGGGACGGACAGUCGGGGGAAGGCGCCCUAGCUACCCAUCUGUGGGUGCUCCUCCGCCCCUGUGCUGGCGGGUCCCCACACCCCGGGGCCGGGUCGUGUUCCCGGGGGCGAGCGUGCCACGGACCAGCUCCGUCAGCUCCCGCCUCUCUGCGAGCCGGGCGGAGCAGGUGUCUCGGGGGGAGCCCCGAAGCCUGUCUUAAUUUGCAGAGUCAGUUUAACCUGGAAAACGUCACUGUUUUCAAUACAAAUGAACAGGAAAGCACCUUGGGUCAGAAGCAUACUGAGGAUAGAGAAGAAGGGAUGGAUGUAGAAGAAGGUGAAAUGGGAGAUGAUGAAGCCCCCACUACUUGCUCUAUUCCAAUUGAUUACAACCUGUAUAGAAAAUUCUGGUCACUUCAGGAUUACUUCAGGAAUCCUGUACAGUGCUAUGAGAAGAUUUCUUGGAAAACUUUUCUCAAGUAUUCUGAAGAAGUUUUAGCCGUUUUUAAGAGUUACAAAUUAGAUGAUACUCAAGCCUCUAGGAAGAAAAUGGAAGAAUUGAAAACAGGAGGAGAACAUGUAUACUUUGCAAAAUUUUUAACAAGUGAAAAGCUGAUGGAUUUACAGCUGAGCGACAGUAACUUUCGUCGACACAUCCUGCUGCAGUAUCUCAUUUUAUUUCAGUAUCUCAAGGGACAGGUCAAAUUCAAAAGUUCAAAUUAUGUUUUAACUGAUGAGCAAUCACUCUGGAUUGAAGAUACUACAAAAUCAGUCUACCAACUGCUUUCUGAAAACCCCCCUGAUGGAGAAAGAUUUUCAAAGAUGGUAGAGCAUAUAUUAAAUACUGAAGAAAAUUGGAACUCAUGGAAAAAUGAAGGCUGCCCAAGUUUUGUGAAAGAAAGACCAUCGGAUACCAAGCCCACAAGAGUGGUACGGAAGAGAGCAGCCCCAGAAGACUUCUUAGGCAAAGGGCCCAACAAGAAGAUCCUGAUUGGAAAUGAGGAGCUAACAAGGCUUUGGAAUCUCUGUCCUGAUAAUAUGGAAGCCUGUAAAUCAGAGACAAGAGAAUACAUGCCAACUCUGGAGGAGUUCUUUGAAGAAGCCAUUGAACAAGCAGAUCCGGAAAAUAUGGUUGAAAGUGAAUAUAAAGCUGUGAACAAUUCAAAUUAUGGGUGGAGAGCUCUCAGACUCUUAGCACGGAGAAGUCCUCACUUCUUCCAGCCAACCAACCAGCAGUUUAAGAGCCUGCCAGAGUAUCUCGAAAACAUGGUAAUAAAGCUAGCCAAGGAACUACCACCUCCUUCUGAAGAAAUAAAAACAGGUGAGGAUGAAGAUGAGGAAGAUAAUGAUGCUUUAUUGAAGGAAAAUGAAAGUCCUGAUGUUCGGCGAGACAAACCUGUAACAGGAGAGCAGAUUGAGUCAUUUGCCAACAAACUUGGUGAACAAUGGAAGAUUCUGGCCCCUUACUUGGAAAUUAAAGACUCUGAAAUUAGGCAGAUUGAGUGUGACAGUGAAGACAUGAAGAUGAGAGCCAAGCAGCUCCUCGUGGCCUGGCAAGAUCAAGAAGGAGUUCAUGCAACAGCUGACAACCUGAUUAGUGCACUAAACAAGUCUGGAUUAAGUGACCUUGCAGAAAGUCUAACUAACGACACUGAGACAAAUAGUUAGCUUUCUUUGUUUCCUUUCUUUUUUAUUAAACUGUGAUAGAUUUUGUUACCAAGCAGCAUUUGAUAAGAGGUCCACUGGUUUUGGUAAACAAUAAACACUUUUAUAACA